AUGAUAUUUUUAUCCAUAAUCCAUAUGGUGCCGUUUGACUUUAGAAUUACAAUUUCAGAAAAAGUAUUUCGUGGGAAAAGAGCUAAAAGAACAGCUAAACGCAAAGGAACUCUUGUACUUACUAGAGAGAAGGAAACAAAUGUUUGGUGUGAUUCACCAAAUGGUACAGAAUUUAAAUCGAGUACUGUAAUUGACUCAUCUGUAGAUGAGCCAAAUAGAUAUGAAUUUGAAAUUGAAUUGGAUAUUGAAUCUGUAGUUGAUGAUAUCCGUGAUAGAGAAGAUCCAUAUUAUUAUGAUAUUGAAGAAUUUAUAAACAAUUUGAUUCUUGAAGCAGAUUCUAUUAAUGAUGAAAUUAGUUGA